AUGGAGGUGAACUGUGAGGAGUUGGAGAAAGUACUUGUCGGAUCUGACCCUGAGAGGUUUUUUCAAAUUGGUUCGGAAUUGCCGCCCCAAGAGAAGUCGGCGUUGACUGCCUUCCUCCGACAGAAUUCAAACGUGUUUGCUUGGGACCCCUAUGAGACCCCCGGGGUCGACCCAGACUUCAUCUGCCACCGCCUUAACGUGAACCCGGCCAUAACACCUAAAAGGCAAGCCCCUCGACAACCGUCGAAAGAACAUACUGACGCCGUGAUAGAAGAGGUCACAAGAUUGAAGAAAGCAGGGGCUAUUAAAGAGGUCUUCUAUCCCGAGUGGUUGGCUAACACGGUAGUGAUGGGUAAAAACAUUGAAGUGUACAUAGACGACAUGGUGGUUAAAAGUAAGUUGGCUCCCAACCAUAUUGACGACCUUGGCAACGUUUUUCAAAUACUAAGAAAAGGCAUUGAGGCUAACCCCGACCAAAUAAGAGCCAUCCAUAACUUGCAGCCUCCUCGGAACCCUAAAGAAGUCCAGAAGCUUACUGGUAUGAUAGCAGCUUUAAACCGUUUUAUCUCGCGCUUAGCAGAUAGAUGCAAGCCAUUCUUUCUCCUAUUACACAAGUGGAAAGGAUUUGAGUGGAAUGAAGACUGCGCUGUAGCUUUCCAACAAUUAAAGGAGAACCUCGCCCGACCACCAAUUAUGUCCAGUCCAAAUGCCGACGAGGUUUUGUUUGCCUACAUUGCGGUAGCCUCGCAUGCGGUGAGCUUGGUGCUAAUCCGAGAAGACAACGGCACACAGCGACCAGUCUAUUACGUUAGUAAAUCACUGCAGGAGGCAGAAACACGUUAUCUUCCCCUCGAGAAGGCUAUCUUGGCUAUCGUGCAGGCCACGCGAAAGCUUCCACACUACUUUCAAGCACACACUGUGAUGGUGCUGACACAACUCCCCAUAAAGUCUGUCCUACGCAGCGCCGAUUACACAAGCAGAAUUGCAAAGUGGGGAACGAUCUUGGGCGCUUUCGAUAUUAGGUACAUGCCUCGUACUGCUGUAAAGGGCCAGGUCCUUGCCAACCUAAUAGCAGAGUUUGCGGAGCCCACGCUAGAGGAACAAAACGUGGCGGGACCUCUAGGGGCUGAUGAGAAGAUGAUCAGCACGGUCUCCCAGCAUGAAAACACCUGGUGGAAAGCGCACGUCGAUGGCGCAGCGAACCAAAGGGGCUCCGGGUUAGGACUUGUCCUGCUCUCACCUGAAGGGAUAACCAUAGAGAAGUCAUUGAGACUCGGGUUUUCAGCCACGAAUAACGAAGCCGAAUAUGAGGCGCUAUUGGAAGGAAUGGGAAUGAUCCGGAAGUUGGGGGGAAAAUCCGUAGACAUGUUCUCGGAUUCAAGACUUAUUGUGGGGCAGAUAAAUGGGGACAUGGAAGCAAAGGACGAAAGAAUGCAAGAGUAUCUAGUUCGGGUUAAGAACCUGCAGACCCAAUUUCAUCACUUCCGCCUGACGCACGUACCCAGAAGUGGGAACACUCAUGCUGAUUCUCUCGCGACGUUGGCUACCUCCUCGGCUCAACCCCUACCUCGAGUCAUUCUGGUAGAAGAGGUCCUCCGUCCAUCAACAGAAAGGGCCAAUGGGAUUGGAAUACAUAACAUCAGGGCAGGACCGAGCUGGAUGGACCCUAUCAUUCUGUACUUAAAGCAUGACACCUUGCCAGAUGAUAAGGUUGAGGCUGGCAAAAUCAGGAGAAAGUCUACUCGAUUCUGGUUAUCGGAGGACUCCAAGCUUUACAGACGCUCGUUUUCAGGGCCGUAUUUGCUAUGUGUGCACCCAAAGGCUGCAUAA